ACCACCAUGUCGGUCGACCCAUACCAUGCCGUGCAACGCGAAAUCUCUGGCUCUUUGCAGUCGGCAGCACAACUCAGAGCCUCUUAUGUGCGGAUACGGAAUAUGGCUGUUCGGGAAGACAACGAAGAGCUAGUCUGGGCACGAAAUGAGCUGAAAGCAACACUUGCUGCCCUCGAUGCUGACCUCGAGGACCUGGAAGAGAGCGUCAAAAUUGUCGAGUCUACUGACGCCCGGAUGUUUGGGCUGGACGACACAGAAGUACAAGACCGGAGACGAUAUGUUGGCCAUGUCAGACGCGAAAUAGAUAACAUGCGCGCCGAGUUGACCAACUCUGCACGACCGCCGCUCUCUCCACAACCAUUAACCCCACGGACACCCCGGUCACCAUACUCUGAGCGGGCUGCAGACGAUGACCACCAGGAAGCUUGGGCCAGACAGGAGCAACAGAUGAUGAUGCAAGACCAAGAACGCACAAUGGACUCUAUAUCGGGCACACUGAGCACUCUGGCACAACAAGCUGGUCUCAUGGGACAAGAAAUUCUAGAGCAUAAUGAAAUGCUUGAUGACCUAGAGCAAGGCGUAGACAGGACGGACACAAAACUCAACGACGCGAUGAGUCGAAUGCGCAGGUUCAUACGGCAGUCAGAAGAGAAGGGGAGUGGAUACUGCAUUAUCAUCCUCAUUAUCAUCCUCGCAGUGCUUCUCCUUCUGAUUAUCAUUAUGUAG